UCGCCGCCGGCGGCCCGGCAGCUCGCUCGGUAGAGGGUGGCGGAGGCAACGGCAGCCGGCAAGCGGCAGUAGCGCGCGGGCCGCGUCGGCGUUUGGACGUAUUUUGCUUGCACGCCGUUCAUCGCGCAUCGCGCUUCAGCGCAGUAACACCGAUCGCCGUCAAGAUUGCACAAACUCCGAGCACCCUCAAGCAGCAGCCCGGCAUGCGCUCCUGACGUCCCGCCCCGCCAGCACAGCAGCGCAAGUGAGUGCCCGUUACCCGGACAGCUUCAUCCAACCGAAGCCUGGUGCGCUGCGGCCCACCUGCGACCUUCCAAAUCGUCCAAGGGAUUCGUCUGAUCCUACUUAAAAGGAUGAUCCCGCGCCGCAAACACAACGCCUCCUCGGGCUCGUUGCCGCCGCCCGACGACAAGCAUGCCAGCAACGACUACAUAUUGUCGGAGGGCGCGCCGGGCGAGGGAUGGCGUGUGGCGCUGCGACGUCGCCUCAACCGCAAGACGUUGCACAAGCGCGUGCCCAUCACCGCCUGGCUGCCGCAGUACAACGCGGAGAAGGCCCUCGGUGACCUGAUUGCUGGCGUCACGGUGGGCCUGACCGUCAUCCCUCAAUCGCUGGCGUACUCCAACAUCGCGGGUCUACCGCCGCAGCACGGCCUCUACGGCUCUUUCCUAGGCUGCUUCAUAUACAUCGUAUUAGGCGGGUGCCGCGCCGUGCCCGCUGGGCCCACCGCCAUCGCCUCGCUGCUCACCUGGCAGGUAGCGGGGGGCGUCGUCGAGAAGGCGGUGCUGCUCAACUUCCUGACGGGCCUGGUGGAGCUGCUGAUGGGCGUGCUCGGCCUGGGUUUCCUCGUCAACUUCGUCUCCGGGCCCGUGUCCUCUGGCUUUACCUCCGCCGUCGCGCUCAUGAUAGCCACCUCGCAGGUCAAGGAUCUGUUCGCCAUCAGCGUCACCGGCAGCACCUUUCUGCAGCAGUGGAUCUCCAUCUUCCGCAACCUGCACGGCGCCGCACUGUGGGACCCCGUGCUCGGCUUCUCGUGCAUCGCGUUGCUGCUCGGCUUGAGGAAAAUUGGAAUGAUAAAACUGGGUGCAACGUGUGAGGGCGGGCCCAGCACGCGUCAGAAGGUGGCCAACAAGUGCUUGUGGCUGCUGGCCACCUGCCGCAACGCCAUCGUGGUCGUGGCCACCGGCUCGCUGGGCGCCUGGUUCGUCGCCGCUUACGGCGCCUCGCCCGUCCGCCUCAUGGGCAGCAUCCCGUCGGGCGUGCCGGCGCCGCAGCUGCCGCCCUUCAGCUACGUGCGUGCGGACAACUCGACGGCCGACUUCCUGGAGAUGGUGUCCGAGCUGGGCUCGGGCGUGCUGGUGAUCCCGCUGAUCGUGCUGCUUGAGGACAUCGCCAUCUGCAAGGCGUUCUCCGACGGGCGCACUAUCGACGCCACGCAGGAGAUGAUAGCGCUGGGCGUGGUGAACGUGGGAAACUCCUUCAUGCAGGCGUACCCCGGCGGCGGCUCGCUGGCGCGCUCCGUCGUCUCCAACGGCUCCGGCGUCAAGACCACGCUCAAUGGCAUCUACACAGGCGCAAUGGUAAUUCUGGCUCUGCAGUUCUUCACGCAGUACUUCGAGUUCAUCCCCAAGGCGGCGCUGGCGGCGGUCAUCAUCUCCGCGAUCCUCUUCAUGGUCGAGUACGAUGUCAUCAAGCCGAUGUGGCGCGCCAAAAAGCUGGACCUGGUGCCGGGCGUCGGCACGUUCGUGCUGUGCCUGACGCUGCCGCUCGAGCUGGGCAUCCUGACCGGCGUCGUGGUCAACAUCAUCUUCAUUCUGUACCACGCCGCGCGGCCCAAGCUCUCCGUGGAGCUGCUCAAGACGGAGGGCGGCGUGGAGUACCUGAUGAUCACGCCCGACCGGUGCCUGAUGUUCCCCUCCGUGGAGUACGUGCGCCGGCUGGUGAACAAGUGCGCGGCGGACGGCGCCGUGCCCGUGGUGCUCGAGUGCACGCACAUCUACAGCGCCGACUACACGGCCGCCAAGAGCAUCGAGCAGCUCACCGCCGACUUCCACGCGCGCCGCCAGCCGCUCUACUUCUACAACGUCAAGCCCUCCGUGUGCUCCAUCUUCGAGGCGGUCGCCAAGCCGGAGCACUUCGUCGUCUUCUACGAGGACGAGGAGCUGGAUCGUCUGCUGGCCGCGGACGGCCGCGCGCCGCCCGACAAGCCGCCGCCGCUCCCGUGACGCGCCUCCGCUCGCCUCCGCCACCUCCGCCUCCUCCGCUCGCCUCCGCAUCCUCCGCCUCCUCCGCCGCACACGCCCACGCGGACCGAGUUUGCGAAACAUUAUUUUUCCUUCUGUAUUAGUUUCGGAACGUACGUCGUUCCUCCUGUUGUGAUGUUAGGUGUUAACUAUAUUUAUAUUAUUGUGUAAAAUUGGUUAGUUUACGUCGUUAGCUCGUCUUUGUCUCUUUAAGACGUUAUAUGAUAGAACCGGAACCCGGACUUGACUCAUAUAACAUCUGUUUGUGAUAGAUGAAGUAUUGACGAGAGAGUUAAUUUAUUUUUAGGUAAUAAAAGUACAACUUAGGUUAUAUUGUAUGUGAGAGAUGAUGUUGUGGGCGCCUGUGUGCGUGCGGGCCGCGCAGUGUCCGGCCCUGGUCUAGCCCUGGUCCGGCCCUGGUCUAGCCCUGGUCCGGCCCUCGUCCGGCCCUGGUCCGGCUCCGGUACGGUCGCUCGGCCUCUUCGACAUUCCCCUAUUACUUUGUGAUUCCCGACUACAGUACCUAAUCAAAUAAAAUAAAAAUAUAUUUUAGAGAAAAGUUGCUUAAAUAAAGUAUUUAAUAUACCUUUAAAAAUAUAAUGAACAAGACACAAGGUGCCAAUGUUUGUGACGUAAAAUUUCAUGUUCAAAGAACAAAUUAAUAAACUCUAUAAGAGUACUCUG